AUGGCACAUAUUAACUUAUUUGUUGUUCUGGUCGCGUCGCUGGUGUGCUUCACAUUGGCUCAAGAAAAGUACUCAACUAAAUACGAAAACUUUGACGUGGACAAGGUGUUAAACGACGACAGCCUUUUAACAAGCUACAUCAAUUGUUUGCUUGACGAAGAAAAUUGUACAGAGGAAGGCCAAGCAUUGAAGAGAGUUUUACCAGAAGCAUUAAAAACUAACUGUGGAAAAUGUACAGAUGCACAAAAAUUAAAAAUAGAAAAAAUAAUGAAAUUUUUGAUCAAGAACCGUUCUACUGAUUUUGAUCGUUUGACUGCCAAAUACGAUCCAUCGGGAGAAUACAAGAAAAAGCUCGAAAAAUUCUCCGCUUAA